GGAAAGUUGCUUUAAGAAUUGUUCUGAUUGUUAGAGUUAUUCUAAUGCAUUCAGGUGAUUGUUUCUGUUGUUUGUUGUUCUGGUAAAGGUUCACCUGUUAUUAUGUAAUACAAAAUAGGCCGCGACUUCGCUUGUUAUUUCUGUUGGUGGCGGUGCUAGUGGUAGUAGUGGUGGUAAUGGAGGUGGUGGCGGUCAUCGUCGUUCUAAUGUUAGCGGUGGUGGCGGUGGCAGUGAUGGCGUGGUGUACGAUCUCAAAGAAGGGACAGUGCUCGUCCUAGAUGUAAAGACAACAAUCUGAUCGCCCCCCUCAUUGUAUUGAUUACUUAAUCUGCACAUGAGGUGGUCACUCAAAGUGAAGUCAAAUAAGGAAGAACAAAGGGACAAAGAACCAGAACGAACAUGACAUGUUGAAAACUAAACAACCGAUGCUGCUAUAAAUACAGUCUAACCAACCGAACGCUGUUAUUGUUGCUGUUGUCCUUAUAAUCCUUGAUCGAGCAAACCGACUGUCACACAUACCCCACCCUUGAUAGUCCUGGUUAUCAACAUACACGCUUACAUACAUACAUACAUACAUAUAUAUACGCGCGCGCUUAUAUCGAACAGUGAGAACGAGUACUAAACACCGUAUUAGUGGAUAAAUGUUCUUCAUUUGUGGGAUAAGAAGGCUACCAUUGGUUUCAUGCUGAGAGAAAUCUCUCUCAACAAAUUACCAAACUUGCCACGGAGAACGUUGGUUCUCGUCUGGAUAUUCCAGAAACUAAAUUAUUAUUUCUGUGGUGAGAUAUUCCCUGUUAUUGUUCCCUGCAAGAUCAGUGACUCCAUGAAAUUGUAACCAAGAUUAUUUUAGAUACCAUGUCAAGGGUUUAUGUUAAUUUCUAGUUUUUUUUUUUCAUUUUUAUUGGAAUAAUACCUGCCAUUUUUAUGUUUCUUGUAAAGAACAUUUUCUAUAAUUUCCACAAAAAGAAAUUAUCAAUUAAUUGAUAUCAUUCGAUUGUUUUUCUCCUUUGAUUGGUACUUUUAGGUUUUAAACGUACCCUCUUGAGUUUUUCUCAACUAAUUGCAUGGAUAACAUCGAUAGUUAACCGAAGUUUUUCAACUCGUUAUACAACACACACACACACACACACACACACACACACACACACACACACACAUAUAUAUAUAUAUAUAUAUAUAUAACCUAGUUGAGAGCCCCUUUCAAUGUCUUCUCCAAAGACAGUUACAAUUGCAGUCUUAUCUUAUUUGCUGCUAUAAAAACCCUUUAUAGACUUCAGAUGAAUCUGGAUAUAAUUACAAUUAUUGUUAUUGUAAUUUAAAUAAGUGUGUCCGAAAUAAUAACAUCAACAACAACAACAACAGCAUUAAUAAUAAUUGUUUCCAUUUUGGGCACAAAACCAGAUAUUGAGAAGGGAGAGGAAGACGAUUGCAUUGAUCCUAGCACCUGACUUGUAGUUAUCUUACCGACCCCCUUAAUGAAGAAAAACGAAGUGAACCACGGCAACAACUACUACUAAUAGAAAUAAUAAUAAUAAUAAUAAUAAUAAUAAUAAUAAUAAUAAUAAUAAUAAUAAUAAUAAUAAUAAUAAUAAUAAUAAUACUUUCCACAGUACAAUGGGUUCUAAAUUUUGGAAAACUGUUAAAAAGAUCCAAAUUGCCACUGGCGUUCAUCCUUACAGAAAUUUAGAUUUGGAAAAUAUAACCUUACCGAUCCUGGACAUGGAAUUUCGUUACAUAUCACGCAACGAUGGACAAAAAGAGUUGGUUGGCAAGGGCACAUACGGCCGAGUCUACCUGGGUCGCUGCAAAGGGAUGUCAAGUUUGGUAGUAGCGAAAUGCUUCAAGAACAAAGACAUGAAGGAAAUUUGUGCCGAAGCUAAAAUUAUGAACCAUUUAUCAGAAACGGGAGUGGUACCGAAAUGUUUCGGUUUGAUCCAGGAUGAAAAUUUAGAAAUACAACCGUGCUUAGUUCAAGAAUAUUUCGGGCAAGGUAUUACCCUUUCAAAAUUUCUGUGUGAUUUGCGUAUUACGCUUAAGAGCAAAAAUUGUAUAGGUAUCUGCUUGCAGCUUUCUCGUGGAUUAAAGAAAAUACACGCUCAAGGCAUUUUAUUAAACGAUAUUAAAACUGAUAACAUACUUAUAGAUCGAUACACUAUCGAUUUUCAAAUUCGCUUUAUCGAUUUUGGAUGUGCUAGCACCCUGAAAGGAAUAUCGUUUGAUAUUUCGGAAAGUGAAAGCUGUUACCAUGUUGCCCCUGAGGUCAAAGCAAAACAACUAACCAGUACUUCGUCGGAUGUGUUCAGUCUGGGUCAUGUCUUUGAUGCAAUUCAGGACCUGAUGCGGGUGGAAUGUCUCGUUCCUCUCGUGAGCAGCUGCACCAUGGUCAACCCUAAAAAGCGCAUCAGACUUCAAGAUCUUGUCGAGGAUCUCAAAUCUCUUCACCACGAGAUAUUUUAUAGAGAAAUGAGAAACUGGGAUUAAAAAUGCAAACAUGCACGCACGCGUGCAUACGCACAUACACACACAAACACAUACAUACAUUCACCCGCACCUAUUUAUAUGCAAGCGUACA